AUGCUAUCUGCUGAUGUAACGAGUGAUAAUGCUCAUAGCAACUUGAUGCACCAGUCAGAUACAGAUCUGUGCACAGCAAGACCUUUCACUGCACUUAGAUGGCAGUCCUUGGACCAGACAGACAGGAUAUUUGUGACCAUCAUGUUCUUCAUCAAGUCCCUGCUUGUCUCAUCCUUAGUGUUGGGAGUCCAGUUACAUCUGCACCAGCCUCAGCGGUUCCUGUUUGUGGAAGUCGGUGGGACAGCAGAGAUCCACUGCUCCUUAGGGGAAGAUGUGGAAGCAGGAGUAAAAGUGCACUGGUAUCUGAGAAGGGCAGGUGAGGUCCCCAAGCGCAUGAAGGACUGUGGGGAUGGUACAAAUGGGAGCAAAUUUGCUUGCAAGCAUCAGAAAUACAACACAACACUGGAAAUCAGGGACAUCCAAAGGAAUGAGUCUGGCAUUUAUUACUGUGCACAUGCGGACACCAACACCUUGACUUUUGGGAAUGGAACCACGGUGAUCAUUGGAGACAGCUUCACCAACAGCAGCUCUGUGCUGCUCCUGGGUCCCAUUGCAGGGGAGAAUGGAGAUAUGGAUCUUGCACAUCUGGCCUGUGUGAUCCGGGGCGUCUCCAGCCUGGUCCAGGUGUCCUGGUGCGUUCCUGGAGAGGAGCCAGCCCAGGGGCUGCCGCGCACACUGGAAGCCAGUGCUGGGACCUUAACACUCAUCCAUGGCAUCAGCAUCCCCUGGGCCAGCUGGGCCAGUGGGGUGGCCAUCACCUGUGAGGUCACAUUCAACUCAUCUGGCAGCAGUGUUACCAGACGCAGCGUGUAUGCUCCAUCUCCCUCCACACCCUGCGUCAUGCUCCCUGUCGUGGCAGUGGGCAGCGCCCUGCUGCUGUUCACAGUGCCCCUGAGUCUCAUCUGGAUCCACUGCCCACCCCGAUGGGAAACCCGGUCCAGGAAGCCAGCACCUUGCACCCAGAGGAAUCAGGAUGGACUUUUAUAUGCGGACCUGGCGUUUGAGCCGCCGACUCUCAAGAAGCCCAGAAAGCAGCAGGGACCACGAGGGAAGAAUGUGAUCCCAUGA